AUGAUAUUGAUAUUCGGCUUGACCUGGACCCUCGCGUCCCUCCCGUUCGGCACACCUCUUGAGUGGGAAAAUUUCUCCAAUAACCUCGCAACCGACCUUGCUCCUCUUAUCACCCUAUUUGGCGAACAAGUCACAAAACAGUUUCUCAGCGAAUCAUUGAGCACAUGGGACAACAUUAUUUUUGCUAUGGCCCCGUUAGGGAUUCUCACUGCCGUUGUCUCUGUAAUUCGAGUUUGUGGAAACUCGUCUUUACGAGCUUUUAUUGGAAGAGCACAAGAAAGUCCGGGAACAGCAGAAGUUGAACUUCUUUCUUCCGUCUCGGAAACCACCUCUGAAUUAUGGCAUAACGGCGGGGUCGCACGCGUCUUUGGUACCCCGCAGAUCCUCGAAGUCGUCAGGCUUACGGAGACCAGCCGGGAGUUGCACUAUACGGGUGUAGGCUGUACCGCGGGUAUCUACAGUCUCAGGGAAUCUGCAAAAGAACCCAUAUCAGCCUGGCGCACCAAAUCAGAUUCCCCGCUAAAAGAUAUCGAAUAUUGCCCUAAUAUAUCGCUCAAUUUCGGUAUGAGAAGGUUGUCUGAAAGGUAUACCUAUGGCGCUACUGUCUUGGGAAUAGUUUUACAGGCAGGCCUUACGGUUUACAAGUACCCUAGUCAAUUUCUAGUGGGCUCCGAUGGAAACCCGGUCGAAAGGUAUGCAUUUCCAUUUACCUUAGUUGGUACUAUGUUGCUCUGUUCUGGGAUGUUCCUUUGCGCUUUCAUUAUUGAGAAAAACUCUUCAGAGCAUCUCUUUCAAAAAAAUCCAAAAAUUGAGAGUCGGAUAUAUUGGGUUCAGCCUGGUGGCCAAAAAAUCGGCGAUCAAGUAUUUGAAUCAUUUGUGCAGUUUAGCAACAGCAAUGAUUAUAUCGUCUCAGCCACAGCCAAUAAGCACCUCGACUUCCAUCAAUUCAAUAAACUCCUAUGGGUAGCGGUAAGCACGACAGUAUUUGGAUUUAUAGUACAGUUCGUGGGAUUAAGAGCAGUACACGCAUCUGUUAUCAUGGCACAGCUGGGCGCCACUAUUCUGAUGGCGAUUGUCCGCGCCGGCCUUCGGGCUCAGCGAGCGGGGGGGGAUAAAAACUUAGUAUAUUGGCCGUCAAGUUAUAUAAAGGGCCAUGAGUUGGACUUCGCUGCGAUGCAAUAUGAGGAUAUUGUGUCUUUAUGUGUUAGCCAAUGGUAUGAAGGUGGCUUAUCAGGCGCACCGGCUCUUGUGGAGGGCAAAGGGGCGAUGGCACUAAAAGCAAGAGCACGGUUUGCCCGUCUGACUAAUGGGCAAGAUCACCGUUCUUGGAAUAACCUUCAAGUUCGAGAAAUAGCCUCUCAAGUACAGAGAGCUAUCGAAGGUAUCAUGGGCAUAUUGUCUGUGAGACUCACGGAAAGCGCAAAAGCGCAUGCGCAAAGGCACUAUUGGACAAUUGGUGUAUUCGUACACUCGUUCGCUACUAUAGAAGCUAGUUUCGUAAACCAGACAACACACGGGAUCCAAUCAGAAGCCGAAAAAUUCUCCUUCGAGAUAUCUAAGGAAGGCCUAGCGUGGAAGAUCGACUGUCCAGAGCUUGAAGCGCUUCUUGGGGUAUGGGCAUGGUCUGUUCAACGUAACCGGCACAAUAUCGACUUACCGGCAUCUGGAGAGUUCUAUCCAAGACCCAUAAUCGAGGGGGGUCAAACACCCAAUCUUCGUCUGAUUUCUUCAAGUCGAGCCCAACCCCAACCAGUGUACCCCGUCUGGAUUCGGCGGAAGUUACACUUAGAAGAAAAGCUUGUUCGUCCUCAUGUUGAUCGGUUUACGUCUAGAACUAGAAAUCCGAUGGAACAUUCGGCGAACCCCGUGAUUCUCAAUUGUUCGGAAUAUUCAUGGGAUAUCAGUUCGCCACGAUUUGACCUUUUCGGCUGUCAAACGCCCUAUAACCGUCCAGAUACGUUCGAGGAUUUCGAGCAAAAAGGUUCCAUCUCUUUCGUCGCUACCAAAAAUUCUAGACUUGUGAUGUGUGCUCAAGAUAUCUUGAUCUCAUUUUUAGGGGCGGUUCUGCGGGAUGUUGAAAGCAUCGGCGGAGAAACGACCCUUCGCGCAUCAGUCGGCCGUCAGCCCACUUUCCUAUUACAAAACAGCCAGAUAGAAGAAAUGGCUGACUAUUUUGAGAAUAGUGGGUUAGGGUCAAGAGAAGAUGCAUAUAUGUGCAUCAUUCCAGCCUUGGUGCGGGAAAAUAAGAUGCCUGAGAUACCAAACGAAGUUAUAAUUGCAGCCCUGGAUCAACUUAAAAACUGUAGUGACAAAGAGAGAGAAGAGGCAGUCUUACUGUUGGAGUGUGUCUGCUUCGACCCUAACACGAAUGAGGACCGGAAGCCCUAUGCUGAGUUAGCUGAGAUCUACCACGAGUGGAUGCGCACGAGCGACAGCACAUCACCAAGCCACUCCCGCGACGGAUUCUCCGGGGUCGGUAAAAUGUUGGAACAAGCCAAGAACCAGAGCCGAGAUUCAACUCUCUCUAUAAUAGCCCAGCGGUAUGGGUGGAUCGGAUUACAGAUAGCUACGGAGAAAGGGAACGAAGAGCAGGCAGCCAACCUUAGGUCUCAUGGAGUAACAGAAGACGAUGUACCCAAUCACAAACAAUUAUGGGAGUGGGCUAAAGAGAACAAUACAAAAGUGAUAGUAUACUUUGUUGGUAAAAACGCCAACGACGUGAAUACUCCAGGUCCUGACGGUCGAACUUCACUUUCUUGGGUUGCAUUCCACGGGAAUUUCGACGUGGUGGCACUUCUUCUUAAGAAUAACACAGACCGAAAUAUCCGUGAUGGGGACGGGUAUACACCCUUAAUGUUAGCUACCGAACAAGGACACCAUAGAGUCGUCGAGGCGCUGCUGAAUGGGGAUACAAGCUCACUCAACACCCGCCUGAAAAUCGGUAUGACACCUUUAAUGUUAGCCGCAAAGCGCGGCGACAAUCGUACAGUUCGGCUUCUCCUUGAACAACCGGAUAUCGAGAUAAAUGCUCGUAGCGGUGCUAGUAACCACCACCGCAGUGCUUUUGAUUUUGCUUUUCUUGGAGACCAUCUAGAAAUAGUCGAGCUGCUCCUGGAGAAGAAAGCAUACGUCUCACACAUACCCGAGGUCAUACUUUGGUGGGGGAGCGAAAAGGGAAGCCGGAAGGUAGUGGACUUGAUGAUAGAGAAAGGCGUAGACUAUGCAGAAGUCUUUUGGGCGGCUGCAGAACAACAAAAUUGGAUGGUAGUUGAAUCGGUAAUCAAACAGAAAAAGGUAGAUGCUGGUAUAGUUAGUGGUGCGCGCAGCGGAGACAAGCCACUUCUGUCUUUGGCAGACGGAAACCCAGAUAUCGCCGAACUACUAAUAAAGGAGGGGAUGUUUUCUAGAAAAGAUCUUAUUCUCGCAGCAUCAGCUGGGCAUUUGAAGCUGGUAGAACUCUUGAUAGAUAACGGGGUGGGGUUUACACCGAACGAUGAUGUAAACGAGAACAAGGACUUUCUUCAAAUUGACCAUGCCCUUUUAUUGGCAGUGGAAGCCGGUCACCGAGAGAUAGCAGGGCUAAUAUUAGACAGGACGGGACGGAUUCAAGGCGAAGCACUUGAAAGAGCAGACCAUAACGAUAUGGUGGAAUUACUGCUAGAUAAAGGGGUUGAUAUUGCAGUAUAUGGUGUUGACGCAGCUACGAAGGCAGGACGAAAUGGAAGUGUGGAUAUAAUGGGAACACUGAUAGGUAGGGGAUUGGAUAUCUCAAACUGUGGGAUUGCAUUUGAAAAGGCAGCAAGUUUCGGGAAUACAGAAAUGGUGAAGUUCCUGAUAGAGAAGGGAAUUGAUAUCAAGACAUUCGGCGAGAAGGCAUUGAACGGGGCAGUAAGCUGGGGACAAGAUGAAGUGAUAAAAGUACUGUUAGCGAACGGAGUAGGUUCCGAGGAUGCCAUUCAGCAGGCUACAGAGAACAGACGCCGCUUGUUAGCGAUACUCCUGAAGUGA